AGUCCCGGCCUGGAGCCUGAGCCCUAACGAGCUGCAGCGCCCGGCCGCUCCCGUGCAUAUUAUUAUUGACUUUUAAUACCGCGGAGUCCCCCAUCCCGGUCCUACAGCCCGCUCCCGCGCAGCGCGAGCUGCCUCCGUCCCGCACGACCCGUCCCGCGCGGUGCAGCCCCGGCCGGAGCGGCGAUGCGCCUCAUUCAGAACAUGUGCACCAUCGCCGAGUACCCUGCCCCGGGCAGCGCUGCCGCCGCCGAUUGCUGCCUGGGGGCCGCGGGCCGUCGCCUGGUCAAGAUCGCCGUGGUGGGCGCCAGCGGCGUGGGCAAGACCGCUCUGGUGGUCCGGUUCCUCACCAAACGAUUCAUCGGGGACUAUGAGAGAAAUGCAGGUAAUCUCUAUACCAGACAAGUCCAGAUAGAAGGUGAAACCCUGGCUAUUCAGGUUCAAGACACUCCAGGUAUUCAGGUCCACGAGAACAGCUUGAGCUGCAACGAACAGCUGAAUCGGUGCAUUCGCUGGGCAGAUGCUGUAGUGAUCGUUUUCUCCAUCACUGACUACAAGAGCUAUGAACUCAUUGGCCAGCUCCACCAGCAUGUCCUGCAGCUACACCUGGGCACCCGGCUGCCUGUGGUGGUUGUGGCAAACAAAGCUGACCUGCUGCACGUCAAGCAGGUUGACCCUCAGCUUGGACUGCAGCUGGCCAGCAUGUUGGGCUGCUUGUUCUAUGAAGUGUCUGUCAGUGAAAAUUACAACGAUGUCUACAACGCUUUCCAUGUCCUGUGCAAAGAAGUGAGUCACAAGCAGCAGCCCAACAGCACACCCGAGAAGCGGAGAACUUCCCUAAUUCCCAGGCCCAAGUCACCCAACAUGCAGGACCUGAAGAGGAGGUUCAAGCAAGCUCUCUCUGCCAAAGUGAGGACUGUCACCUCUGUCUGAAGCAGGCGCACUCAAGGGGGUUUGGUCUUCCUAGGAGGAGGGCCUGAGGUUCUUCCAGUGCAGGAACAUUGAAUGUUGGCAGUAAUUCAUGGUUCUAGCAAGGGCUGGAGCAGAGGGGCCAGGAGGGCCCAUGGAACUGCUGCAGAAAAGUGCUGUUCUGAGCAGGGGGACAGAAUUGAAGAGGCUUGAACUAGGCCACUGAGCCACUCCCUGAAUAUGUGAAAUGUACUCUCUGUCUUUUCCUUUGGAGUGGGGAAGGGGGCAUAAUCGCUUUGGUUUUUGUUCUUACCUACCUUGUAAAUGAUAGUCAGUUGUAGUUUCUCCAAAUAUAUUGAUGUGAUUUAUGGUGGGAAUGAAAGAACAGAUUAAGCAUU